AUGAAAAAAAAAUAUCUAAAAAUUGUAACAUCUAAAUCUUUUUAAAUACUGUUGGCGAUUAAAUUGAAGGAGAGUUUUGAGUGUAAACCUGAAUAUGAAAUUUAAUUAGAUUUUAUUUUGAGAUUUGCUCAAAAAAAUUAACCUCCUUCCAAAAAUAUUUUGAGAUAGGCUUAAAGUGAGAUUUUGAACAAAAAUAUUGCUCUUAAAAAAUUUAUAAGCUAUGUUGCUUGAAAUUUUAAGGAGAAGGAGCUAUCCCAUAAAAGUUUAGACAAAUAAAAAGAAUUAAGAUAUUUUUAACAUAAGAAAUAUAUUUGGAUUCGAAUAAGUCAAUUUUUAAACUUCUAUACUCUUAUUUGAUAAAUAGAAGAGGGUGUGCAUCUAAUGAAUUUAUGAAUGCCAAAUUAAAUUAUUUGGUUCCUAAAAUUUUAAUGAAUUAUUAAGCCUCUUUAACAUAAAAAUAAUAUCUAAUAUUUAGGCACGGUUAUUUUAGAAGUUGA